AUGGAUUUUAAUCAAGGGGAAAUUACUGUAUCCUUACGCGCAGCACAUCUAUGGCUGAAUCAUAUGGAGAACUCAAAAGAUUCGGACGAGUUCCGCGACAAAUUCUUAAAUACUCCGCGGGAAGGUCAUUCUGUAAGAGAUUUUAACCUUGUUGCAGAAGGAAGCGCAUUAAGGAGAGAACAGAAUUCUUCGCUUUUAGUUGAAUCACUAAACAAUCGUCGGUUUCAAGGAAAUGAGCUGAGGAGAAAAAUCAGUCACUCGGACUCGAUCGACUCAAUUCGACUACCUGGUAAUGGUACUCGAUCGAAUUCAGAUGACAACCCCAGUGAAGGGCAAAGACUGCUCGCUGACUAUAACAUGGAUAUCGCGAGAGUCUACCUCGUGACAAUGCAGAGAUUACUCUAUAGUGGUUCUGAUCUGGAUUUGCUCGUAGAGAUUGACCACUAUCUAGCAAACACCAAUGGACUUUCCUUCCUGGGUAGUUGA